AUCUUCGCCUCGGUUCCGGGUGUUCGUUGAAUACUUUUAUAGUUUUUCCUCCGCACGUCUCGUGGCCGAGAGAGAAAGCGAGAGGAGCCCCCCCCCCCCCCCCCCCCCCCCACGAUCUUCCCGCGGAGAGAGGGGAUCUUUUUCUUCUUCUUCGUGAAGGUCUGAGAUCUUGGACGAAGAAGAGUAGGUUCGUCGCUCGCGUGCACCCCGCCGACUUUGCUUAGGAAUUCGAACAAUUUGAUGUACUAAUGGAGUCCAAGGGUGGCAAAAAGAAGUCUAGCAGUAGUCGUUCCUCCCUGAUGUACGAAGCUCCCCUCGGCUACAGCAUUGAGGACCUCCGACCUGCCGGUGGCAUCAAGAAGUUCCGCUCUGCUGCUUACUCCAACUGCGCGAGGAAGCCAUCUUGAUAGCCCCCUUGGCUAACCUUGUUCUAGUAGUUUAGUUACUCCCCUGCAUUCUCGUUUUGAGCUUUCUUGCAUCUCUCUGGCUAGCUGCUUCCUGGUGACCAGGAAGAUCAUCGGUCACGCUUCCUUCCUUCCUCAUCUCUGGCAUUGUCCAUCCAAACAAUGGCAGUCCUGUCAGUUUCUAGCCCUCCACCGAGCUCAGCGAUCGGGUUUGAGGGAUAUGAGAAACGCCUCGAGAUCACUUUCUCAGAGGCGCCAGUCUUUGCUGAUCCCAAUGGCAGGGGUUUGCGUGCGCUGUCACGUGCUCAGAUCGACUCUGUUCUUGAUCUGGCGAGGUGCACUAUUGUGUCUGAACUCUCCAAUGAGGUCUUUGACUCGUAUGUCCUUUCUGAAUCAAGCCUCUUUGUGUAUCCGUACAAGAUUGUGAUCAAGACCUGUGGGACUACCAAGCUCCUGCUCGCCAUUCCGAGGAUUCUUGAGCUUGCUGAAGAGCUAUCCCUGCCCCUUGAAGCUGUAAAGUACUCUCGUGGGACAUUCAUAUUCCCUGAAGCACAGCCCUCUCCGCACAAGAACUUCUCUGACGAGGUUGCCUUCCUGAACUGCUACUUCGGCGGCCUCAAGUCUGGUGGCCAUGCCUAUGUGAUUGGAGAUCCUGCAAAGCCAGGGCAGAAAUGGCAUGUCUACUAUGCCACCCAGCACCCGGAGCAGCCUGUGGUCACCCUUGAGAUGUGCAUGACUGGGCUGGACAAGGAGAGAGCGUCUGUCUUCUUCAAGACCUCUGCUGAUGGACACACAACAUGUGCUAAGGAAAUGACCAAGCUCUCAGGUAUCUCUGACAUAAUCCCAGAGAUGGAAAUCUGUGACUUCGACUUUGAGCCAUGUGGCUACUCCAUGAAUGCUAUCCAUGGCCCUGCUUUCUCAACUAUUCAUGUGACUCCUGAGGAUGGCUUCAGUUAUGCGAGCUAUGAGGUCAUGGGCUUCAACCCUGCAUCCAUUGCCUAUGGUGACCUUGUCAAGAGGGUGUUGAGAUGCUUUGGCCCGUCAGAGUUCUCUGUUGCUGUUACCAUCUUCGGUGACCGCAACCACGCAGAGACAUGGGGAAAUGGUCUGAAUAUCGGGGCAUAUGCUUGCAGCAACAUGGUUGAGCAGGAGCUGCCUUCGGGUGGUUUGCUCAUUUACCAGAGCUUCACCGCUACUGCUGAGGUCGCGAGUGGGUCGCCUCGAUCUGUUCUGCAUUGCUUUGCUGAUGAGAACACAGAGAAUGCCACCACUAAGGAUGGCAGUAAAAUCGAUGCUCUGUACUGGGAAGACGGCGAAUUCGAUGCCCUUGACGAGAUAGAUGGAAAUGAGGGUAAGAGGAUGAGGAGCUGCUGAUGCGAGAAGCGCACUGAAGAUUAAAGAAAGACAAGCUAUGGUGAUCUCUCUGUUACUUUGCGAAGCAGCCAGCCAGGCUAUUCAUAUUGAUAUGCUAUGCUAUGUUCUUCUAUUGUCAUGUUUGCUUAUAGUUCGAAUAAAAGGCUCUAGGUGGUCUGCUUUGUCUGCCACAGUGAGCAAAAUGUAUCCCGAAUGUCACAACCUUUAUGUUGGGAAUAUGAAUAAAUUUCUUUAUGUUAUGUCAGCA